CACUGUGGUGUGCUGCCCGGCCUGCGUGUGGUUUUACCACCAUGUUAUGGUCGCAGUAACGGGGGGCGUGGCAAUCAUUGCAGCUCUGGCUCUCUGCUCCAUUCUCAUCUGGCCAAUCAAGAUCAGACCAAGGGAUCUGCAGGUUCUUCCUGAUGAUGUUGCAAGAGUCAAUUAACAGGCUCCUGGUUUCCUGAAACAUAAAGGAGAAAAACAAUCUGUGGUCUGAGGUGGACCACCGGAACCUCCAUUGUUAUUCCUUUUUCACGUCAAGUGACAAAGUUUACAACAGCUGCUGGCAACCAGUGAAACAAAGACAAGAAAGUAGGGUUUAAAGGGAAAAUCUGGCAGUUUCUGAAGAUUUGUUCUGUUAAGGUUAGGGUUAAACCUCGGGUUAGGUUAACACUUACUUACCCCUUAUAGGUUGAGGGAUAAUUUAGUGUUCUUAUCCACCAGUGUGGGUAAGAACACUAAUAAUAAACGUCUACUUUUGCACAUUUGUAUAGCUUUGUGCUGUUUUCCCAAACAAAUGUCCAUGUUUUUAUCUGAAUGAACAAAAGGUGCUUAUACUGGUCACACUGCCUGAUCAGUGCAUCUAGUCUGUCUAAAUGUUUUAUAAAUUCCCAGCGGACAUCAGCCGCUCAUCUGCAUAUAAGAGUGUAUGCACAGCUCACAUAGAAACACAGACCUUGUUCUGUGGAGCUAAUUUCAGCUUUAUUGUAAAAUGUCUAAUAAUUAAAUAUUAGCUAAGUUACAUAUGUUGUAUUUUGAGAAAUAAUUGUUUAUUAAGCCUGAAAAAUUAUAUUAAAAUAGGUUCUUAUUUGCCUGGAUGAAGACUUCUGCCUUUCUAUUAUUGAUCCCACUAGUUAUAAACUACUGAUAGCUGCUUGACAGAAUAUAAAUUAAAAAGUGGUCGGUGCACACCACUGUCCUUUUAAGAAAAUUAAACUAAACCUCGUUUGGCAUUGUCUUCCAUAUAUACAGUAUAUUUAACAUAGGUCUAUUUUAUGAGAGCGUGCAGACUGUACAAAACAGAAACAUGUUUUUUUUAUAAUUUACAAGUCAUCAUUUAAACACGCCUUUAAUUAUUAUUUUUCUUCUUGUUCAGGGUAUGUAAAAAUUGUUACAUCACCUGUCAACAUGUUGCAGAAUGUGUCAAUGAUAAAGGAAACCAAGAUUAAAAUAGUGCAUACUUUUACUGUGGCUGUUUAAAAUCCACAGGUAGGGAAGGACCAACAAUUCAGACCAUUCCUGCUGUAUUUGCAAAGCACUUUAAAACAACUACAGAACAAUAAAAAUAAUAAUAAUAAUAAUUGGAAUUGCAUUUUUUGGGAAUCUGCAGAAAGUGUUGAAUAACUUGAAAUUUGUUGAAGAUGCAAACUUAAAUUUAACAAAACAAAUGUAAACAGCUCAAAAUGGCAAAAAAAAAGUUAAAAGGGGCAUAAAUAGUGUAUAAAAUCCAGCAUAAGCCAACAAUAGUUAAAUCUAAAUAAUGGCUAUGAUGUGAAGUAUAUGAUUGUUUGUGUUAUUGAGCCAUUUUCAUUAUUUAAUUAUUGUAUAAAUUGUUACCAGAUUACAUAAAUUUAUUGAUAAGAUAUUUUUAGUAACUGUAUGUGUUUAGAGCGAAUAAUUCAACAUCAGUGGCUCUCGUGGAAUUGAUGGAACAGAUAACUGCUGUUGAUCAAAAACAGCUCUGUUAAUAUUUAUGUUGAUUUAAAUAAAGCAUUCAAAACUAUUGACACAUUAUUUUCCUUGAAAAGUUGAAUAAAUAAGGCAUUAGAGGAUUAGCACUACAUGUCUAGCUAUUUGAGUAAUAGAAAACAGUUUAUUCAAAUAAAUUACGUCAGAUCUGAACUCUAACAUCACAUGUGGAGUUCCUCAGGGUUCUGUACUUGGCCCAAAGUUAUUUAUUUUACAUGUGAAUGAUUUAGUAAAUGUUUUGGGGCUGUUAGAAUUAUCACUAGAAAUCUUUAUAGUCACCCAUCAAAUACAAUAUUUUAUCAAUUGAAGUUACUAAAGUUCUAUCAUUUGGUUGAUUAUAGAUUAUUGGUUAUGUUUAGGGGUCACAAAAAGAAAUUGCCUCAUCCAAUUAAAUUUUGUUAAGAGAGAGUUGUUACAAUCUUAAGCGGAUAGAGAUGUUUGUGAAACCUAAAUUUAAAACCUAUUUGAAGGAAUGGUGAACAUCAAUGCAGGGAAUAAGGUUAUGGAAUAAUCUGGAGAGUGAUGUUAAAGAUGACAGAUCAAUGUUUGUGAAAAUUAUUAAAGUUGGUUUAUUAAAGAAAUAUAAAAUAAUGUGUAUCUUUAUGAAUAGUGGCAUGAGUUGAUGUUUUUGUUUAUAUUAUUG